AUGGCCCUGUUCCGCAAAUUUUUUUACCGGAAGCCGCCCGACGGGCUUCUGGAAAUCUCAGAGAGAGUUUACGGUAUGUCUCUGACUAGAUCUUGUGUUUUCAUCUAGACUGGUCCAUAUUCAUGUAGAAUGCGCUUGGCAUUGUUGUAUCAUUCUUUGCAUCACGCCAUCAUGUUUCUCCUGUCAUGGUAUCCUUCGUAUGUUUCCGGUUUCCUCUCUGACAAUUUCCUCUGCAGAGUAUUUUGCAUUUGCACCGUCUGUGUGGGCGUUUCUGAGAAUUGGGUACGAACGAUUGAAAAACUUUUUUGCACAAGGCAUCAUGGACCCGAGAGCUUAAGAAACCAGAGGUCAAGAAAACAUGAAUACUAAAUUAUUGCGUAGUGAUUUAAUGUUUAACUGAAUUAAAACACCUUACAUUAUAUCCAUGGAAGCAGGCGUGGAUAAACAGAAGCUAUGUAGAGCUCUCUCCCUCUCUCCCCCCCCUCAACAUUUAUGUGGUAUUGCUGGAAAGUUGGAAAUGUUCUUGAAUGUAAGAUGGUUCGGCUUUAGUUUAUGCAUUAAAAAAAUUAUCUUAAUUGGGGUCUCCAACUAAAAAAAGUAAAAUGUGGACGGAAACACUCCUUAAUUGAGAGGGAGGGCUACACAUAAAUCAGCCAAACUGAUGAAUGCACCAGCCUUCCGAGUAUGGCAUGUGUUUGGGAAAUGUUUUGCUACUUCUUGCAUCGGAAGUGAAUCUUGAGUUUAUAUAGGUCAUGAUAUUUAAACGCAAAUUGAAUUUAUUACUUUCCCAUGUGUGGUUCAGUGUUUGAUUGCUGCUUCUCAACUGAUGUCUUGGGCGAGGAUGACUACAAAGUCUAUAUGGGAAGCAUUGUUCCUCAGCUUAAGGAGCAUUUCCCAGACGCAUCUUUCAUGGUCUUCAAUUUUCGAGAGGGUGAGAAGCAAAGUCAAAUGGCCAAUAUAUUGUCUGAUUAUGAUAUGACUGUGAUGGACUAUCCCAAGCACUACGAGGGUUGCCCAUUGCUCACAAUGGAAAUGAUCCACCAUUUCUUGCGAUCUUGUGAGAGCUGGCUUUCUCUUGGUUUGCAGAACAUCUUGCUGAUGCACUGUGAGCGAGGUGGUUGGCCAGUUCUUGCAUUCAUGUUAGCAGCACUUUUGAUUUACCGGAAGCAGUAUACAGGAGAGCAGAAGACUAUCGAGAUGAUUUAUAAACAAGCCCCACGUGAACUCUUGCAGUUGUUGUCGCCGCUUAAUCCUUUGCCUUCACAGCUGAGGUACCUACAGUAUGUUUCCAGGAGGAAUGUGGCAUCAGAAUGGCCUCCACUGGAUAGGGCUCUGACGUUGGAUUGUGUUAUCCUUCGAAAUCUGCCAAACUUUGAUGGGGAAUAUGGAUGCCGGCCAAUAUUCCGUAUUUAUGGUCAAGAUCCUUUCAUUGGCAGUGACCGGACUCCCAAAGUCUUAUUUUCUAUGCCGAAGAAGAGCAAAAUUGUUCGGCAUUACAAACAGGUGAGCCAAAGCUUCUCUUUACCUCGUAGGUCUGCAAUUUUUUCGUUUUAUUUGUACAUUAAUUCUAUAAAUCGAACGAAUUCUAUUGUCUAGUGAGUGCCUCUGUCAGACUGGAUUUUUGUAUGCUUCCUCAUUACUGCCUAAGUUUUAUGUUCUGAAGCAUAAAUGGAUGCUUCUCACAUUUGGUUUUGCAGGAUGAGGUGUUUAAUAAUGCUUUACACAGAAGAAACUUGGUGCCCUCACUCAUUUGGGAAUCCUUGCCCAUAUAGAGGCAGGAUGCCUCUAAAGCACCUUGUUAACGUUUUUUACUUUAUAUUUUUUGUAGUAUGUUUAGAUGGAGAUGUGUCCUUUUGAAGUUUUAUGUAAUCCUGUCGAAAUUUUUCGAUUCACUGUUUGCCUGAUAAUCUUAGUCUUUCUUUGAUCUAUUCCUCAUAAUUUCUUGACUUAGAACUGACGUUCAUCUGCUGGAAACAGACAGAUUGUGAACUAGUUAAGAUCGACAUUCACUGCCAUAUCCAAGGAGAUGUUGUACUGGAAUGCAUCAGCUUGGAUGAAGACUUGGAACGUGAAGUGAUGAUGUUUAGGGUCAUGUUUAAUGCAGCUUUCAUUAGAUCGAAUAUUCUAAUGGUCAAUCGAGAUGAGAUUGACAUUCUGUGGGAUGCCAAGGACAAUUUCUCGAAGGACUUCAGGGCAGAGGUAUGCAUUCCUUUAAUUAUCAAACUCUCCCUUUCUCCCUAUUUGUUGAUUCACGUGGUCUAUUCUGUUUCUCCUUUUUUGUGUGAAGGUUCUUCUUUCAGACAUGGAUACUAGUACUUCUUUUAUCCCUGUUGAGCUGGCUACUGGUGACAUGAAGGAAGGUCUUCCGAUUGAGGCAUUUUCUAAGGUGCAAGAGAUCUUUAGCAAUGUUGAUUGGCUUGAUCAAAAAGGAGAUGCUGCACAUCAAGUUCUUCAGCAGAUAACAUCCCUGAACUUCUUAGUAGACAAAGUAGAUAUUUGCUCUCCCCAGAAAGGGGGAAUAACUUUGCUGCAAGAGGCAAGUCUUUCUAUACUCAACCAGAGACAGCAGUCUGACGAAUCUGAUAAUGAAACCAGGAAGUCGUCACCUUCCACUCGAAAGCAGCUGCUGCUACCCGCUCUUACCCACCCUACUGAUGCAAAUCUCACAAAACAGAAAACCCAUGCUGCAUUGGAGGGUGUAGAAACCAUUGACACUGGGCACCCACCUUCUCCGUCUCUCUCACCUGUUGCCUCUUACUUACUCAAGAGUCCCCGAACAAAUAACCAUUCAGCUCAAUCUCCUCCACUUCUUACACCAGCGAACUCUACCUCAAGACCUUUAGUUGUUUCUCCCCUUAAUCUUUCAGGACAACCAUCAGGUGUGAAGUUCCCUUCUUUAUCAGUCUUGACACCCAAUAUCUCAAUUGCUACUUCAUCACAAACGUCGUCUCUUGCUCCUUCUCCCUCGUCUCCUUCACUAUCACCUCUUUGUCCGCCUCAUUCUGCACCAACGUUAUCAAUCCCUUCCACAGACAUCAAACUAAACAAGACACCACCUCCCCCUCCUUCCACUCCUCCAAUCGCCCCUUCGUUUUCUUCUCCCCCUCCAACAAAGCUUGACAACACGGUUACCACUGCCCCUUCCCUUCCUCCUCCACCACCACCACUUUCAAGUUCCAAACCUGGAUCUAUGGCACCACCUCCUCCUCCGCUUCCGAGUUCCAGGCCUGCAUCAAUGGCACCACCUCCUCCUCCGCCUCCAAGUUCCAGGCCGGCAUCAAUGGCACCACCUCCUCCUCCACCUCCAAGUUCCAGGCCGGCAUCAAUGGCACCACCUCCUCCUCCACCUCCAAGUUCCAGGCCGGCAUCAAUGGCACCACCUCCUCCUCCACCUCCAAGUUCCAGGCCGGCAUCAAUGGCACCACCUCCUCCUCCACCUCCAAGUUCCAGGCCAGCAUCAAUGGCACCACCUCCUCCUCCACCUCCAAGUUCCAGGCCGGCAUCAAUGGCACCACCUCCUCCUCCACCUCCAAGUUCUAGGCCGGCAUCAAUGGCACCACCUCCUCCUCCACCCCCAAGUUCCAGGACUGCAUCAAUGGGACCACCUCCUCCUCCACCCCCAAGUUCCAGGCCAGCAUCAAUGGCACCACCUCCUCCUCCACCUCCAAGUUCCAGGCCGGCAUCAAUGGCACCACCUCCUCCUCCACCUCCAAGUUCCAGGCCGGCAUCAAUGGCACCACCUCCUCCUCCACCCCCAAGUUCCAGGACUGCAUCAAUGGCACCACCUCCUCCUCCACCCCCAAGUUCCAGGACUGCAUCAAUGGCACCAUCUCCACCUCCUCUACCUCAUCUUGGAGCACAUAAUUCUGCUAUUUUGUCUUCACAAAAAUUAUCCCACGUUCCACCUGUGCCACCUCCACCAUUACCUUCUGGUGUGCUGGGUAGUCCAUCCAAUCCCUUAAUAAGCAGGGGGAAUACUGUACCCCCUGCCCCUACUGAAUGCAUGGGGUCCCCAACAAGUUCUACAUGUAUAAAGGGUCGUAGUUUGAUGCGCACACCAAAUCCAAGGAAUGUGCUUUCUCAACAAUCAUCAUCUAAGAAAACUUCUUUAAAGCCGUUGCACUGGAUCAAAGUAACGAGAGUGGUGCAGGGAAGUAUAUGGGCAGAAGCACAGAAGCACGAUGAAUCAUCUAAGUACGCAAAAUUGAUUUAUUUUCUUGGUGGUGUAUUCUUGAAUUAGUAGCUGAAGAAUUUUUAUGUGUUAUUCACAUCUCUUUCACAAUAACAUUUGUGGUAGGGCUCCUGACUUUGACAUGUUCGAACUUGAGAGUCUUUUCUCAGCAGCAGUUCCAGCAGCAGAUAUUUACAAUUCAGCUGAAAAAUCGAGGCGUGCAUCAAUUGGGUCAAAAUCUGAGAAAAUCCAUCUGGUAUUUUUCCUUUACUUGAAACUAUAAUGUGCUAUUUAACUAGGAUGCUAUGUUGAUUUUUUAAGUGGAAGCCAGUACAUAAAAUGGGUUCGAGCUCUCUUAAAAGAAUACAGAACAUUAGGGGGAAUGCAGUAUUGGAUUAGGAGUUUGUAUUGGCAAUACUUGAUCUCAUAAGAUCAGAACUGAAUUGGCUGCUACUUAAACCCUGUCUAGUGUUGUCCAGACCUGCUUGAAUUGGCCAUGGAUGGGCCUAUCUAGGUGUGUUGUGUUAAUGCUGGCCAGUUUCAGUCAUAAUUAGCGCACACACAAUUGGACGAGCCUGGUCAAAUCAGCCAUCCCGAUUUGAUUUGGGCUUAUUUAUAUUAUGACGUAUCGGAAUCUUGCAUACUUUUAAAAGUUGGAUCACCUGAACAAUCCCAAUCUAUAUCAGCUGCCAUGUGGACAUGGAUGAUUGGAUAAAUGACAGAAGCAUAUUGCUGAUCUUGACCACAAAUUAUCUAUUUUAUUGCAAAGCUAUGGCCACAGUGCUGUCUUGUGGACGGACUAUUAACUUAGGUUUCCUGUGGCAUGCUGAUUAAGCAACUGUCAGGUUUUUGGGUGCGAAAUAUCUAAUUUAUCCUUUUUGAUAUUUGUCAACAGCAUGAUUAUUGAUUCAAUGAGGUCCGACAUUAUGCUUGAUUUUGACUUCCUAAUGUAUUAGAUUUUCUGUAGCUUGACUUUGGUGAGCAUUGACUAAUGUAUUUCCUGUUGUGCAUUUGUCUCCACUGAAGUAAUAUGUUUAACGUGGUCACUUGCAGGUUGAUCUAAGACGGGCUAAUAACUGUGAAAUUAUGCUAACUAAGGUUAAGAUUCCACUGUCUGAUUUGAUGGUAAGUUAAUGAAUAUUGUAUGAAUGUUAAUUGCUUGGUGCUUGCUAUGGCGAUCGUGCCAAUAGAUUGUUACCGUGCUGCUUUUCCUCAUCUCUCAGGGAUGUUCAUUUUUUCCUUGGCCGUUUAUGCUUAAUUUUUCUUCACCCUAGCGCUUAUACUAUGAUGUCCAUGGUUGUUCUGGCCAGAGAACUUCUGGAUGUAAUUAAUCUGUGAAGGGUUUAUUUUUCAUUUUCAAUUUUCUCAAAUCUUGUGGUGUUUUGUAGAUUUCACUGCUUGCUCUGGACGAUUCUGUUUUAGAUGUUGACCAGGUAGACAACCUCAUAAAGUUUUGCCCAACAAACGAGGAAAUCGAGCUGCUAAAGGUAGCUACUCAGAUACCAUUAUGCCUGAGUUUUGAUCAAGUAAUGGGCGUUUAUCACUACUUACAUAUAUUUCUAUCGAGCAGGCAAAUUUUCGUCACUGAUAAUGUUCCGAGUUGCUUUUUACUUCAUUCCUUUGGAUUAUUAAUUGUGUUUAAUUCUAUAUUUAGGGUUUCAGCGGGGAUAAAGAAAACUUGGGGAAAUGUGAGCAGGUCAGCAGACAUUCGUCUCUUCCUUUCGUUGUUUGGUUUUCUCAUUUGAUAAGUAUCACUUUUUAUCUCUUUUAUACUUCGAUCAAUGACGUUCGUGAAAAUUCAUUAGGGAAAAAGUCGUUCGAUUGGCAUCAAUCUAUUGCUUAUUUUGUCUUGGAUGAUUCUUCCUUUGUUAAUAAUAUAAUCCCUUUUCUAACCCUUGCUCAGAAUGUGCGAAUGUCCUGGUAUUUUACGAUUUUCCUUCAGUGUUGAUCCGUCCUUGAUUGGAUGACUUGGGGAAUUGUCUCUUUUUAUUUCUUUCUGAUUCGUACUGCCCACUGUUUAAAUGACAGUUCUUCUUAGAGUUGAUGAACGUGCCACGGGUGGAAUCGAAGUUGAGAGUUUUCUCUUUUAAGAUUCAAUUCCGCUCUCAGGUUUGGGGACAGCACAUGUGGUUAUCUUUGUUAACGCAAGUAAUUUUUGUCAUUGAUCUUAUUUAAGAUCAAUGAUAGGAUUUAAUCUCUUCGUAUCCUUUUUGGUUUUAGGUUGCUGAUCUUAGCAAGAGUUUGAACACUGUGAAUUCUGCAUCGAAUGAGGCAGGUUCUAGCUACUCAUUGCAGGUUCUGCUUAUUCAGCAAAGUUAAGAUUUCUCACUACUCUGGCAUCUGUGUUGUCAGAUUAGAAAUUCUACCAAGUUGAAGAGAAUCAUGCAGACAAUUCUUUCUUUGGGAAACGCAUUAAACCAGGGAACUGCCAGGGGUGAGCUGGAUAUUGUGUUUACAUUGCUCUAAUUUUAUCGUGUUGGAAGUUAUUAAAUAUGAUAUUUCAAGCGGCAACAUUUUGCUAUUAUGCGGUUGUUGUGAGCGAGUUUAUAGUGAUGUAGUGCUGACUAGAUAACUGAGCUCAACGCGCACUCCAUGUUUAGUACUUUUUAUGGAAUGAAGCCAUGAAGGAAAAUAUCAUUGGUAAGGAUGUGGAAAUAACAAGCUGAAAGCUGGUUUUCAAUCUCGUGCAAUUAAUGGUAACUGAUUGUAAUUCGCUAAGUUGUGAUGCAGGCAGUAAGUGCUUGAAUCUUCUAUGCAUUCGUGUCCUGUCCCGUUGCAAGCAGGAAGCUUUUGCUAUUCGAUUUUCUGAUAGAAAUAAUCUGACGGAAACUAUAUGCUUGCAUUAACGGGAGAAAAGAGGGGCAUGGCAGCAAAUUAUAUACUCUAUCAGUUGGUGUCAAACUUUCUUCCUAUGAUUGUUGGAGUUAUUUAUUGAAACACUUUCAUCAUACUGUUGCUUUUUCCGCUAUUUAUAUUCUUGUUAGCAUGCUUUUCCGUGUACUCACUAAUGUGGAAGAAAUACUCAACAAGUUGCGAACAGAAUAACCCCCGCCUUUAGAGAAGAGAAUUCUUUUAGCACAUCUAACUUUUGCUAUUCGCUUUUCCCACAAAUCCUACUAGUUUUGCAUUCCUUUUUCCUGCUUUAUUUUACACAUUAUAUAGUUGCUCUGCUGGAUUUGCAGAAUCAGCUCAACGAAACUGAUAAGAAAUCACAAUCUGAUUUACUUCGUGUAGUUAUCUUUUAAUCUGCUAGUUUUCACUAUUUUCUUCACCCCUCACUUGUUCUCUCUGCUCUUCUUUUUACCGUUGUCCUGUUUUAUUGCAACAUCAUUUUCCUUCAUUUGACCAUGGUUAAUGUAAUAAAUAAAAACCGGUUAUUUUACUAGCUAUUGCUAUAUUAUGUUAGCCUUGUUGGGUUCUAUUUUCUCUAGUGGGAUGUGGGGCUGGCUCAAUGAAUUUUAUCGGACAUGUUCAAGACCCUUGGAUUGUGAACAUGCAACACAACGAAUUAAAAGUUUGAACACUUUUUUUCCAUUCGUUUCUAUUUUUUUAUUCAUUUUUAUCAUCUGUGCGCGACGGAUGGUUCAUGAUUCUUAAGAGCAUGCACGGGUGGUUGAAGUCCCUUCUCUAUAUCUCAUCUUAAGAGCAUGCAUGUGCGCGAAAGUCUCUGAAGAUCUCCAUCUCUUUGUGCUUUUCCAUCUUUGUUGCCACAUGAAGGGAGGGUGAUGUGGCAAUUUGUGUUUUAGUGGAUGUGAUGAGUGUGAGACGAGCGUGAUGCAGUGAAAGAUGUGGAGAUAGCUGGUUUCGGGCUUCAUGGGGCAUGUUCAGGCGCAUAUCCCAUAAAUUGGGUAAUGGCGGAUGUUCAUUGAGAUCCCAUGGACAAGUGAAAUUCAGUUGGAAUUAGUUUCGCAUUCAAGGCAGAGUCAGCAAACAUUGGGGUGAACGUGCGACCUAACUUCUUCCUUUCAGUUCCAUCGUCACCCAUAUUGAAUGUUUCCUCGAUUGUUCAGGAGUCCUUUCUUGUAAUAAACGUCGUGCUUUCUGGUGUGGGUAAGUAGUUUAUUUUCUGUGCCUGCCUAGAUUAUCUGGCUCACUAAAUUGCUCCCAGAUUCUGAUGAAUUGUACUGGGCUUCAACUCUUAGUAUUCCUCUUCUCUGAUCUUUAGUCAUGAUUAAGCCAGACCACGAGGAGAACAAGAUGCAAAACACAUUCAAAAUGUUGGAUGUCAGAUAGGAGAAAAUGUGCUCAACAACCGACUCAAAAACUGGGAAAAGGAAAGUAGAUACUGUGCAACCAAGAGAAGUGAGUGAAUGAAAAUAUAUACAGAACAUAAUAAGUAUGCUUUGGUGUCAAAGUCCAGAAUCCAGGCUAUGAAUCGUGGUGAAUGUAUUUAUUUCGAGGUCAUGUAGGCAUUUGUAAAUAACUGUGUGCAAAAAAUCUGGUGGUAUUUUUUAACACCCUUUAGUCCCAUCUGUGGCAACAUCACUCCUAAAUCCUUGUACUCGCCUUUUUUUUUCCAGCUUCUGAAAAGUUCGGCCUGUCUUUUGUUUUUGCUCAAUUCUGUGCAGGUUCUGCUAUUGGAUUUAGGUUGGAUAGCCUUCUUAAGCUCAGUGAUACACGUGCUCGUAACAACAAGAUGACUCUCAUGCAUUAUCUUUGUAAGGUACAGGUUUUUUUCAUAUAUCCUUUUAAGAGUUUUUAAAGAAAUGCGUGAGGUAGGUACAAUGCUGAUACUGUUUUCAAUCGAAUAAAAAAUAAAACCAUCUGUAUAUGUGUUUUUGUAUCUUGAAUGCGUUAAUGUACGGUUAAUAUCAAAUGAGAAUUCUGUCAGGAAUUCUGUAUCUCGAAUUUGUAAAUGGAUGGUUUUGCAUAUUAUGUUUUUUAGUACGCUUACAACUUUAGUCAGCGAUAAAAAAAUCUUGGGUGACGGAUUUUGUCCUAGUUCAUUUAAAUAUCCAUUUUGACCCAGUGAAGCAGAUUCUUAUUUGUCUAGGUACCGGUGUCCACAGCCUUGGUAAAUUCUUCUGGGUCAGAGAACAUACUCUAGGAUAUUUCUACAGUUCUUGAUUUCUUUUUGUGUCCAGUGACAAUUCAGUUUCAUUCAUUAAUGUUGUUAGAGAGUGGGUACCCUUUCCAACAAUUUUGUCUGCAUGCUACUCGAAGAGAGAGAAAGAAGAUGAAAGUGUCCAUAGUUUUUGUUCCUUUUCGUUCAGUAUUGGCACAAAAAUCGUAUCAAGAAACCACUGCCCUUUUGCUUACACAAAGUGAUCUCCCAUCUUUCUGGGAGCUACCUUCCUUUUCUGUCUUAAAAGAUUUUCUUUCCUCCUGACAACGCUGCACAGACGCUAUCAGAUGGGAGGAUGUUCUUCACUGUUUCUGUUCACCAAUUUAUUCGUGGGUUUCCUUGCAGCUUAGGCCCUCUAGGAUUGAGAUUUACUCCCAGUGGGAGCAUGAUAACGUCUAAGCUCGUGCCUUUGGAUCACCCAUUGUAACUCCUAGAUUUGCUUCAGAGUUGUUUUUGAUUUCAGCUGUUUCUAUUGCAUAUUUAGCCCAGCACUGGGAUUGGUGUUUGCUUUGUGCUCUCCUGCUUCGUGUCUCGAUCGAUAUCUGAUUUGAUUCUUAUUAUAUGUUCGACCCAAACUCUGGUUGUUGUCACUCUUGCUUAUGAAUUCAUCGGAUGACUGCUAGGUGCUUGCCGAUAAGCUUCCGGAGCUUCUUGAUUUCAAUGAUGACCUCGUUAGCCUAGAAGCUGCAUCAAAGGUGUCUUUCUUCAAUCCGCGCGUCUUACUUACUCUUCCCAGAUGACAUUCCACACAAAUUGAACUCUCCCAUGGCUUUCCGUAGGUACAAUUGAAGACCUUGGCUGAGGAGAUGCAAGCAGUCAGCAAAGGGCUGGAGAAGGUUGAGCAGGAGCUGACGGCAUCCGAGAAUGAUGGACCUGUGUCGCGCCUUUUCAGUCAGGUACUCCUGAUUUUCCGCUCGUCUUGAUAAAAUCCUCACUUGAAUGAAGUGCCGAAUAUGGUCAACGGAGUACGACCAUUCUUGCUGUGUAGUAAGACUAUUUGAUGGUCAACGAAGUACUAUCAUGUUCUUCUUUCUGUGUGGGAUCGAAGAUCUGGGGUCUUAUCACAAGGAUCAUAUUUGGUUAGCCUGAGAGAAAAAAUAAAAUAAAAUCAAAGGAUGGAUUCACAUUUGUGCUCGUCUUCAUGAUCUACACUUGAAUGAAGUGGCGAAUAUGGUCAACGGAGUACUAUCAUUCUUGUUGUGCAACAAAACUGUUUUUUCAUAAUCCAAACGGUAUAUAUAUUCAUAAGAGAAAUUCCUUUUUCUUGCGCAAUAAUAUUUAUUUUAUUUAUUUUCUUGAGGAACUCAGAUAAAAAAUUGUUUGUGGUGGGACCCUUUUGCUCGGGUUUGCUCCCUGAUUGCUUGUCUUUCCAUUCAUGUUCUCGCAGAAUCUGAAGGGGUUUCUCGUCACAGCUGAAGCUGAAGUGAGGACUCUAACUUCUCUCUACUCUGGAGUGGUAAGCCAUGGGCCUGCUGGUUUAUUUUUCCAUGUUAAUUAAAUAUUAAAAAGUAAUCAAAUAGAAAAAUGUGAUGCAGGGUAGAAGUGCAGACGCGUUGGCGCUUUAUUUUGGAGAAGAUCCUGUCCGUUGCCCAUUUGAGCAAGGUAAUCCUGUCCGUUCACCCAUUUGAAGAAAUAAGUAAAAUAUUGUGAUUAUAUAUAUAUAUAUAUGGGACUUAUUGGAAUAUUCCCCCAUUUUAAGUAAUAAAUAAAAUAUUGUGAUGAUAUAUACAUAUUUACAUAGGAGAUGGGCCUGUUAAAAUAAUGCAGUAUUUGAAGGAAUAAUAAAAUAAAUAAAUAAAUAAAUAAAUAAAACCACGUGAUUUUUAUGCAUGGAGCCUAAUAUACCUCCACAAAUAUACUCUGGGACAUUAUUUUUUGUAUUUAUUUUCUUCUUUUUCAUGCCUCUUAAUGGUUCCUCACCUGUUGAGCUGCACACUCAAACAGCAUGGAGAGACUUGUUUUUAUUUUAUUUCCCAUUUUCUCGUCAUUUUUCAAGCUCUCAGGCAGAGGUCGAUGACAUUGAUUGAUGUAUUUAUUUAUUAUGCCAAUUAUAAAUAAAUCUUAAUGGAAUUUUUAUUGAUCUCAUGCAGUCGUGUCUACGCUCCUUAACUUUGUCAAAAUGUUCGGGCGGGCCCACGUAGAGAACUGCAAGCAGCUUGAACUGGAACGGAAGAAGGCCCAGAAGGAGAUAGAAGCGGAGAAGAUAAAGAAGGUCAACGCCCCGCGAAGAGACCCCAGUCAACCUCUUCGAUCCCCGGUCAGAGCUACGGACGCCAAGUAA